AUGGUUGAUUAUAACGUGAACGGAAAAGUAGCCGUUGUCACUGGAGGUACCAGAGGAUUAGGGCUUUACAGUGCUGAAAUACUUGCCUUAAGCGGAGCUAAAACAGUGGUCAUCAGCUCUAGAAAGGAAAAGGCAUGUCAAGAAGCAAAGGAAUAUUUGGAUAAGGUGGCCAAGGAUGCAGGCAAAUCAUGUUCUAUCAUUGCCAUUGCAGCCGAUCUUGCUGAUGAGAAGGACUGUAAGAGAUUCUUUGAUGAGACUGCUAAACAAGUGGACAAGGUUGAUAUUUUGAUUGCCAAUGCUGGAGCCUCGUGGGGUGCCCCAUUGGAUCAACAUCCUAUUUCUGCUAUCAAAAAGGUAUUACAUUUGAAUGUGGUUGCAGUGUUCCAAUGUAUUCAAUUGUUUGCCCCCUUAUUGGAAGCAGCUGGUACUGCUGAAGAUCCAUCUAGAAUCUUGAUUAUGUCUUCUGUUGCUAGUAUUUCACCAUUUGAUGUUGGUGGAGUCUAUGGAUACUUGGCUUCCAAAGCUGGUGUAUCCCAUAUGGGGAAGAACUUGGCCUUAACCUUGGGUCCUUCAAAUGUCACUGUUAAUUCUUUAGCUCCAGGGUUCUUCCCUACCAAGAUGUCCAAUGGAGUCUUGGAAAUCGCAGGUGAGGUUUUAACUGAAGGUAACCCUAGAAAGCGUCUUGGGGUCAAGGAAGAUAUACAAAAUGCUGUAUUGUUCUUGUGUGCCAAACAAAGUAACUAUAUCAAUGGGAUUGUAUUGCCCAUUGAUGGUGGCGCACAUUUAGGGCUUCUGGGAUCUAAACUCUAA